GGAGCAGGUACCUCCGGACCCCGAGCGACAGUUACAGCCGGCGCCCCUAGAGCCGCUGGGUCACCCCGACGCUGGGCUGGAGACCGCGGUCGGCGGGGAAGCAGGGGCGGCCCAAGACGAGGGUCCCGGAGACGGCACGUAAAUCAUCAAUGCAGAGGUUCUCACAAAGUAACAGUCCCUUUGAACACCCCAUAUAUUCUCCUGGGUGUUGCUCACCCCCACCACCACAGAGAUGACAGAAAAUAAUUUUUCAUUGAAGAAGAUAGAAAUUAGUGUUUCAGAAGCAGAAAAACGAACUGGAAGAAAUGCCAUGAACAUGCAAGAAACAUAUACUGCUUACCUCAUUGAAACAAGGUCAGUUGAACGCAUUGAUGGUCAGAGUGUCCUAACAGACUCACUGUGGAGGCGGUAUAGUGAAUUUGAGUUGUUGAGAAACUACCUUUUAGUUUACUAUCCACAUAUUGUUGUGCCACCUCUCCCAGAAAAAAGGGCAGAAUUUGUUUGGCAUAAACUCUCUGCUGACAACAUGGACCCGGAUUUUGUGGAAAGACGAAGGAUUGGUUUAGAAAACUUUCUCUUGAGAGUUGCUUCACAUCCCAUUCUUUGUAGAGACAAAAUCUUCUGUUUGUUUUUAACACAGGAAGGUAACUGGAAGGAGACUGUGAAUGAAACUGGGUUUCAGCUGAAGGCAGACUCCAGGUUAAAAGCGCUUAAUGCAACAUUCAGAGUGAAAAACCCAGACAAGAGAUUUACUGAGCUAAAACACUACAGUGAUGAACUACAGUCUGUCAUCUCACAUCUUCUUCGAGUCAGAGCUAGAGUAGCAGAUCGACUCUAUGGUGUAUAUAAAGUACAUGGGAAUUAUGGACGAGUUUUCAGUGAAUGGAGUGCCAUAGAAAAAGAAAUGGGUGAUGGCCUACAGAGUGCUGGUCAUCAUAUGGAUGUGUAUGCAUCUUCUAUUGAUGAUAUUUUGGAAGAUGAAGAACACUAUGCAGAUCAGCUAAAGGAAUAUCUGUUUUAUGCAGAAGCAUUGCGGGCUGUGUGCAGAAAACAUGAACUUAUGCAGUAUGACUUGGAGAUGGCUGCUCAGGACUUAGCAUCCAAAAAGCAGCAAUGUGAGGAACUGGCAACUGGGACUGUGAGAACCUUUUCUUUGAAGGGCAUGACCACCAAGCUUUUUGGUCAAGAAACUCCAGAGCAGAGGGAAGCCAGAAUAAAGGUGCUAGAAGAGCAAAUAAAUGAAGGAGAACAACAAUUAAAGUCUAAAAAUCUGGAAGGCAGAGAAUUUGUGAAAAAUGCUUGGGCUGAUAUUGAACGCUUCAAAGAACAAAAGAACCGUGAUUUAAAGGAAGCCCUUAUAAGCUAUGCAGUCAUGCAGAUCAGUAUGUGCAAAAAGGGGAUUCAAGUUUGGACCAAUGCUAAGGAAUGCUUUAGCAAGAUGUAAUCCUGUGAAAUGGAUUUUUCUUCAGUUGAAGUGCCCCAAAACAGAAGCACAAGUAAAUUUUAAAAAUUUUAUUUGCUACCCAGUAUAUACAAAAAUAUAUAAUAAGUUGAUUAAAUUCAACUUUCUUUAAUUUGAUUGUAGUUGUGUUGAUAUAGCACAAAAAGGAUGUAUUUCAAUGAAGAUUAAAUAAUAUAAUUUAAGGUUUUGGGGACUGGUGCUGAUUCCAAAAAGUUAAUUUGAUAAUAUAUACCAUAGAUUGUUUGUUAGACUUCUGAACCAAUGACUGAAAGUCCGGAUGUUAGAUAUUUUCUGGAUGUUUGUUUGAAUGCCAGCUUCUUCAGAUCUGUUUAUGUAAGGAGUUUUUUUCCUAAGAUGAAAUUCCUAUUUUACUUGGGAAGACCCACUAAUCUGUUACAGAGGGUUAUUUUUUUCUUGCCUUAUAGUUGAGCUGUUUGGUUUGACAAAGCUCAGCAGAAACUUCGUGUGAAAUCUAAGACUUCUCUCCUGCAUUCAUUGAUGCCCCCUAUAACAUUUGCAAACACUAGAAAAUGCCUUCAAUUUGUGUUUUACCAGAAUUUUGAUACUGGUGAGAAAUUUUAUACUGCCAACAAAGAAGACUCAACUUCUCAGAUAUAUAGUGGAAUACAUUGUAAUGAUCUAGGAGUUGCUGUAUAGGAAGUUUUGAUUGAGUAUGUUACAUAUAAGCAUUAAGUUCUUCUCAAAUAAUUCGUAACUUCAGUGAUGAGCCUAAGUUUACUCUGUCAGCUCUCUAUAUACGGCAUUUCAGGGUACAAGUUGUAGCAUUUCAAUGUAUGAUAUAUAUGUAAUGAACAUAUCUGUUAGUAUCUUGAUUAUUAACGUCUUUUCUAUUGCUUGGCUGUAAUUUUUGUAAAGAUAAAUUAUAUUGGGUUUUUUUUUUGUGUUUUUUGUGGUAUAUGUUCAGAAGCAAAGCACCCUCAUUUUGCUAGCUUUGCAGAAUCUUAAAUGUGUACUCAUUAUUACUAAUUAUGUAAAAAAAUCCACAGUACUGUUCAGCAUUUGACUUUUUUACAUGUUUAAAACAUUGUUGGAUUUUUGUGCUGUUUGCCAAACUUGAUACAAUAAAUAAAUGAAGUAUUGUGCUGA